AUGGCGAGCAUCACGGUGGACGAGUUCCGCAAGGCCCAACGCGCGGAGGGUCCGGCCACCAUCAUGGCGAUCGGCACCGCCAAUCCGGCCAACUGCGUCGACCAGAGCACCUACCCUGACUUCUACUUCCGCAUCACAAACAGCGAGCACAUGACCGAACUCAAACGCAAGUUCCAGCGCAUGUGCGACAAAUCCAUGAUCAGAAAGCGCUACCUGCACCUGACGGAGGAGUUCCUAAGAGAGCACCCAAACAUGUGCGCCUUCAUGGCGCCUUCCCUCGACGACCGACAGGACGUCGUCGUCCCGGAGAUCCCAAAACUUGCCAAGGAAGCCGCCGCGAAGGCGAUCAAGGAGUGGGGGCAGCCGAAAUCCAGCAUCACCCACCUCAUCUUAUGCACCACCAGCGGCGUCGACAUGCCGGGGGCUGACUACCAGCUCACCAAGCUCCUCGGCCUCCGGCCGUCGGUAAAGCGCUGCAUGAUGUACCAGCAGGGCUGCUUCGCCGGCGGCACGGUCCUCCGUCUCGCCAAGGACCUCGCCGAGAACAACAGGGGCGCCCGCGUCCUAGCGGUAUGCUCGGAGAUCACGGCCGUGACGUUCCGCGGGCCGAGCGACUCCCACUUGGACAGCCUCGUGGGCCAGGCUUUGUUUGGGGAUGGGGCCGGCGCCGUCAUAGUGGGCUCGGAUCCAAUCCCGGAGGUGGAGAAGCCCAUAUUCGAGCUCGUCUACACGGCCCAGACUAUUGUACCCAACAGCGAGGGUGCGAUCGACGGACACCUCCGCGAGGUGGGCCUGACGUUUCAUUUACUGAAAGAUGUUCCGGGCCUUGUGUCCAAGAACAUCGAGAAGUGCUUGGAUGACGCGUUCAGGCCUUUGGGGAUCUCGGACUGGAACUCGCUCUUUUGGGCGGCCCAUCCCGGUGGGCCGGCGAUAUUGGACCAGAUCGAGGCUAAGUUGGAGCUGAAGGAGGAGAAGCUCCGGGCGUCGAGGCACGUGCUGGCGGAGUACGGGAAUAUGUCAAGCGCGUGUGUGUUGUUCAUUUUGGACGAGAUGAGGAAGAAGUCGGCGGCGGAUGGGUGUGCGACUACUGGGGAAGGGCUGGAUUGGGGCGUGCUUUUUGGGUUUGGGCCUGGGCUUACGGUUGAGACCGUGGUCUUGCACAGUGUGGCUCUUUGA